AACGAACUUCUUGAAGUUCUUAUCAAAACUACUCUUGCCAUGAUUAUCGAAAUCAAUUUCGCUUCUGAAGUAGAAAUAAUUACAGAAACAGAAGUUAGUCACAAGACAGAAACUAUUAUAGAUUCGACUGAGCCUCUUCCCGAAAAU